AAAGCAUCAAAUAAUAAUUAUAUUGAGAGUUGCCAUUAGUUUCAGGACCUUCUUAGCAACAAACAUGCGAAAUAGCCAUACGAUAAAGAUAAAAGAAUAGCAUAUAAAGCGCAAACUGAUGCAAAAGCAGCAUCAUUAUUCUCGUGCCUGAAGAAACAAGCAUCUACUACCAAUCCUCCAAUUGAAAAAUUAAUUGAAUUGAUAGGACCAUCUCCUUUGAAAAUGAAGUUCGUAGCAAUUUUGAGCGCUUUGCUGGCCGCAGCUAGCGCAGUUCCGGUUUACGAUGUCCUGCCCACGAAAUACAUGGGCGGUGACUUAAUGGGCAUGACGGGAAUGUACGACCCCAUGUACACUCUGUGGACAGGCGUGGGAGGUAUGCACAAGCUAGGUAUGGACAUGUACGGACCUCACCGCAACUACGGACUUAUGGGUAUGGGCAUGAAAGACUGGGACUUGCACCGCUUCACCGGAAUGUACCCUGGUAUGAUUGAUUACGGCAUGUUCGGAGGUGAUAUGGUUGGUGACAUGCGCAUGAGAGGGAUGGUUGACCCCAUGAUAAUGGACAAGAUGAUGUUCAAACAUGGAAUGACCUCUGUGGACAAGAUGAUGUGCUAUCAGCGUUUCGGUAUCGAAAGAUGCAACAUCAUGAUGAUGCACAUGAUGCACAAAAUGAUGCCCUACAAGAUGAUGUACUAAAUAUAAAAAUGAGAAAACAAGUCUGGUGUAUAGUUUUACGAUAUGUUAAUAAACGCUGUUAAGCAG